UGCAAUGUGGCAAUGAGAUAGCUUUGUUUUUUGUUGUAACCGUGCAAUUGGAACGUGAAGUCAAUGAAGCAGACAAGACUUACACACCGUGGCAACAUCACAUUCGCAGUUUCCUACUGAAGAUUGCAUCAGUAAACAUUUAUUCUACUUUGACUUUUUCAGUUGCAGCAGUGUCUGAAUCAACGCUCGGUAUGUGAACAGAUGGGAGUGACUUUUCUUAUUGUUGUGACGUGUGAAUUUGAUGGUAACAAUCAAGAAGUAGCGCUAAUGACGAAUGACAGGUUUCAAGAUGAACCGACUAUACUGCAAACUGCUUUGUUGAUAAAACUUUUGAAAUUUUCUCAUCCAGUGUUCAGCGAAUAAUUCAUCCAGUAUUAAUAGAGAAAUAUAACGUUAUUUUAUUUGUUAAGUUAAAAAUAUAGAUCAAAUAUGCGUGAUAAAGAAGCAAGGUACGUUAUUUUGUAUAUACAAGCAUUCUUUAAUAUCUGACACAAAUAAUAUGUUACUGCAAAUGUGACUUUAAAAUUAAAUGAGGCCCCUGUUUUGAAGGACUCAACGUCAAAAAACUCUCAGGAAUGUGUCUUACGCACUCAAAUAUCUAAGACGUGCCUGAAUAUGAGGAGAGAAAUAUGAAUAUCUACAUUUCGUAAUUUCUAACAAACUGUGUCACUGGAAGUAACCAACAGCGGUAUCACUGAGGACGAGUUGUGAUGGGUGUAGUGUUAAUGUUAUGUUACACAACAUAGAAUAUUUUAAUGCGAACGUUACGGUAAGAUUCAUGACGAAGCAGCGUAGGUUAUGAUUAACUGUAGCAACUAUGACGGCGAAAAAUGACUUUCCUUAAAUUGUGUGGUCAGGAAACGAAAGAGAGACAGUAACAAGUGUCGUGUUAAAGCGAGAGAGGGAAGUGAGACUUCCUCUCAUAACUGCAGAAUCAGUGUAGGCGCGAUUGUGCUGUAAUUUUGAGAUCUCGUAAUGGAGGAAGGAGAGAAGAGGACCAUAAAGAGUUAAACAGAUACAAAAUAAAAAUAAAAAAUAAACAAUGAAUUUUAAUAUCCUAUUAUAUGUGUAGAAAUUAAUAUAUAGAAUAUUUAUUGUCCACUGAUAAAAUAAGGACCGAAGAGAAGGUAUUUCUUGGAACUUUAAAAUAUGUUAAGAACUUGUGACUGGCUUCUUCUUCCGGCAGGAUCAGCAGUAGGAGAUACACAUGAGACGAGAUCUGUUGCUUUGUAACAUAACAGUUGAUACAGAAAGCAAAAAUGGAAACCACUUUCAGUCGGGAACAGUUAUCAACCCAGCCGCAACCAACAUCUACAUUAUCAACACCAUUAUCAACACAAACGUCACAACAAAGAUCAAGGAAUUUACGUCCAUUUUCCAUCGAAUCACUAAUAGCGACUCGACCCAACAAUCGUUCAAAUUGUCAGAGUAAUGACGCAGCUCGCUUAACAAACACAGACUUAAGUGCAAUGGAUUUUGUGAGUCACAGACUGAACAUGGGUAGUGCAGGAGUGUGUGGUAACAAUAUGGCGGCGGCCGUAGCCCUUGGCUACCCUGGAGGCAUUGGUCUACCGAUACCAUUGUUGUACAAUUCAUGGUUGCCAACAUUACAAGCUGGAUUGUUUCUAGAUCAACAAAGUCAUCAUAUUGCUCACCCUGGAGCUCAUGAACCGACUUUACGAGCUCCAUCAGGACUUCUACCGCCGCUUCUGGUUCCACAAGGACCUCCUGCAGGAGUAGGACCUCUUAGUCCUGAUUCUGAAGCCUCGCUGUCACCUCAUAUCGCCCAUGACCUCUCUGGAAGAGGAGUUGCAGGCGGAGAGUGCAGUCGAUCGGUGAGUCCUGACUGCGAGCCCUCGAGUCCGGGAGCCGUGUCUGACGACACGGGGCCUUCCCACCAUGGCGACGGGUCGCAACAGUCACCCAAUAAUGCGGGCAGCUCCGCCGGCAACAGCAGCAAGACGCGCAGACGCAGAACUGCCUUCACCAGUGAACAGCUGCUCGAAUUGGAGAGAGAGUUCCACGCCAAGAAGUAUCUGAGCCUUACGGAGCGGUCGCAGAUUGCGGCAGCGCUCAAACUGAGCGAAGUGCAGGUGAAGAUAUGGUUCCAAAACCGGAGAGCGAAAUGGAAGAGGGUAAAGGCGGGACUCACUUCUGGCAGUGGAGGAGCGCGUGGUCAAGGAGGGCACACCGGAGGACAUAGUGCCACUAAGAUAGUAGUCCCCAUUCCAGUACAUGUGAAUCGUUUCGCUGUAAGGAGUCAACAUCAGCAACUCGAGAAAUGUGGGCCAGGCUUGGUUCACCUACACGGACUGAGAACCCUCGGCAGCCAAGCCGGAAACACUUUUACCAGUGUUGCCAACAACAGCAGUAGCUAAUAGGAGGUGUUCCUUAUGGUAGCUGAACAGUGUGAAAACAUAGCAUUUUGGGUUACACACGAGAAGAAGGACGAAUUGCUUCACAGCAAUAUGCAGUAUAAGGACUACAUUUUAAAGUAAACUAAAAUUGAUGUUUUACGCUAACUUUGAGAAGCUCUGCAAAUAAAUGUAAAAUAAUUCCAGUUUUGCUCCAUUAUCAUCUCUGAUGGCCGCCGUGAAGGGUGUGAUAACUGACUAGACAGUGCGUUACAGCAUCCUCCGUCUAGGGGUUCUGCUGCUCAUGCGGCAUUUGGCUCGUCGUAGGACAAGGAACUUCAACAUUUCUGUAAUCGGGGAAAAAAAACUUACAGACAGAACCGUAUCUCCCAAAGGAACUGCAAGAAUGGGUCUGUCCGAGGUCUCAUUAUGAGACGCGAAUGCAUUUAUGUGAGCUCAUGUCCUACCAGUAUCUCAUCAUGAGAACUGAAUGCAUUUGUGUGAACUCAUGUCCUACCUGUGUCAUCGUGAGACGCGAAUGCAUUUGUGAGAGCUCAUGUCAUACCUGUCUCAUCAUGAGAACUGAAUGCAUUUGUGUGAAAUCAUGCCCUACCUUUGUUAUCGUGAGACGCGAAUGCAUUUGUGUGAACUCAUGUAUAAUCAUGCAUUUGUGUGAACUCGUGUAUAAUCAAACGAAUGUGAGCCAUUUCGCCUGACAUAAAUCCAAAUUAUAAAGGUUUCUGAAUGUUAUUCUCUUUUGGGAUAUGAACCCGCUUCAACGUCUCUGAGAAGCGCGCUGCCGCCAGCUUGAAGGUAUAAAAGGUGGAAUUGUACUUCAUAGAGACCACCGUCAUAACCUCAAGCCUCACGCGACUGCGCACAAAUGCUCCUCACAAGAAACAAAAUCACUAUAUGUAUUUGUGUCGUUUCUGUUGUACAAAUAUUUUUAUGGCAAUUUUAGAUCCUGUUUCAUUAUUUCAACAGACAAAUUUUGACCACAACUUACAAAAAAACGCCCCAAAAACUGGAAAUGGCCUAUACACCCAAAUCAUUCAUGUAAUGUACAGGUUAUUUCGUAGGGGCACUUGCAAACCAGAUAGGCCCCAAUACCAGCCUUUCUGAACAGGCGAUUGCAUAUUGACAUAUUUGCAUUUUCAUUGUAGAGUUACGCGUACAUUCACAAACGCAGAGAACGACUUAUUUACGUAGAAGGGCUCGGAGAAUAUUUCAUAUCAUGAAGUAAAAAUUUCCGGAAUUCAGCUACUAACAUGGUGAACAGCGAGCGAUAUCUUCGGAGCAGAGAUUUAUUCAUGAGAAGGUCGAUGCAAAGCAGCAGUCAUCAUGCGAUUUAGUCAAAUGGAAUAUUCUUCUGAUUCUGCUACCAGGCAAUUUGUUUCGAGACCAUUUCCGCGGAGCGAACUCGUAUCAUGGGCCGACCCGACUUCACUGGCGAGGCGGCCGAACCUUCCUUCUAAAUGUGGGCACGCAAAAAGCGAAUUCAUAUAAUUUUCAUCUUCAUACGUCACCAUAUUUUUUGCGAAAUAACCUUUUUGAGUCAUAGCGUUCCUUAGAAGAUUCUGCGGACUGCGUCCGAUUUUCAGUUCUUCGGAUUAAGAGUAUUUGUUUACAGAACAAAGUCUUCAGCUUUGAGUCCCAACCCCCAACCUGGAGGACCGGUCUCUGUAUUUAUGUCCCCCAGUGACAGGGUGGCCCAGUUAUACCCCCAGACACCGGGUUCCCAUUUCAUCGUCUUCUAUGACUCUGACGGCUACGGUGGAGGUAUUCUAAGCCGCCUCCACACGGGAGAUUCGAGCUUGAUGUAUAAGAGUAAAAUUGUCGUUUGCAAUAAUAACAAUUGUGAAUAUUUAAAUGUCCCAUUUUUUGACUAUUUUAUUGUUACAUUUGGGUUUUGUACAUUACACUAGGUACUUAUGUAACAAGAAUAUUAUUUGGAGGCGAAAGACCCACCGUCAACACGUUAAAUUUUUCGAGGAAAAGAGGGAACUGCCAAAAAAAUU